AUGGCCGACUUUCGACAGCUUGCGCUCGAGUUUGUCCUCGCGGAUGACGAGGCUAAGCAGAGUGGCUUCGCCAAGCAGGCCGCACAAGAACUUCAGACGGCCGCCCCCUCGACAAACCCGGUGGCCCGCUGGGUAGAGUCAGUGCAGGUUUGGAUGCCAGGUAGCGGCGGUGACAGCCAAGACUCCCAGGAACAGACCGACUGGACGGCGCGAGCCAAAGCUUUGGAAUUUUUGUCGCAAACUCUCGAAUAUGUCGGCAAUGACGUACUCAAGGCUAGUCAAGUGAAACUCUUGGUUGGCUUCUUCGGUGCCAUGUUCGACGUCGAUCACAAGGCAGGCGUGCUGCCGUCUGCUUUGGCCCUCUCCAAAAUCAUAGCCAUGAAGUCGUUCCAGCCCUCAAUCGGCCACGAAAUUAUCCAAAAAGUCUGCACCCUCAAGGACGACUUCUCCCGCCAAAUAGCCAAGACUCGUCUGGCAGUAUACGAGCUGCUACGAUCCUUGAUAUCGAACAAAGAUGUCGCCGCCAACAUUAAACGCCGUGACGACGCUACAGCCUUCAUGAUUGAAUUAAUUGAGCUGUGCCGCAGCGAGCGCGAUCCCGACUGCCUACUCGUCUGGUUCGAUAUCCUAUACACAUACAUGCUUCAAUAUUCUGUCGAAAAGGAUAUCUUGGAGCAUGUAUACGGCAGUUUCAAGGCAUACUUCCCAAUCACUCUGCCCCGAACCGCGCAGAGCAAGGUCACGCCCGAAGAACUCAAAUCCCAGCUGCGCAAAUGUUUCUCAGCACACCAUGCGCUGGCAGACAGUGCCAUUCCAUUCCUGGUUGGAAAGCUAGACCAAGGAGAGGGUGUCACUGUCAACGUCAAAGUCGAUGUGCUGCGGACACUCAAAGCGUGUCUAGAGCAAUACGAGGACCCCAGCCAGUCUGUGAUUCCUUUUGCUAAUCGGAUAUGGGGAAGUCUUAAAUAUGAGGUCCGCAACGGUGAGAUUGAAGAUACCAUCUGGGCCACUCUCGAGGCCCUCAAAGCUCUCACGACUCGUUUAAGCGGAGACGACCUGCGCGACUUUACGCUCAACGUUACCCGUGACUGUGUCAACGACCUCUCGAAUGCCAUGUAUGCCGGCGCUGCAGGCAGACUACUCGUUGCCAUCUUGAGCGCAUCACCGAGCGCCUUUGUUCUCAUGGUCGCGCCAGCCAUUACACAUAUCAAGGAGAACCUGCGCCAUCCCAAGUCCGAGUCCCAUAGCCAGGAUUUGCUGAGGUUGUUGAGGGUCAUACUCGAGACUCGCAUAUUGCUCAUGAAGCAUACCAUCACUGCCGAAGAACUCACCGACUUUGUCUCCAUCGACUCUGUUUUCAAGACCCUCUAUGACGGUGUUUUCAAGACUCCACUCAUGACUGCCAAGACCACAAACGCGUCCCACGAAGAACUCAAGAUCGGCGCAGAAGCAGUUCAAGGUGCUGCCGUACUACUUUGCCAGCGGGCUUCAGUGGCUGUGGAUGUCACAGCCGAUAGCCCCAGACUUCUUUCUGACGAAACCUGUGCUGAGAUCUGCGAUUCACUAUUCGAAAUCACCACACGCCACUCACAGGACUUCCGGCAGCACCCUUCAUCGUCUGAUGAGCUGGUCAACGAGACGGCCAAGUCUCUACAGCGUAUUGUCUUGGACCUGCCAACCGCUUUUGAUACCCUCCUGCAGAAGGGGACUGCCAUAAUACGGGAGAGUUGGAAAGUACAAGGCGUCAGCGGCGCCAAAACCAUACAAGAGCUAGGAUCCAUGCUGGCAUAUGUGGGCUGCUCUGAACUUCCGUCGCCGCCUUCGCCAGGACUUACGCAUUUUGUCACGCUCAUCUGUGCGCUCACAAACGAGCUCUUGGCUGCUAUUACAUCCAAGGCCGACAACAAGCUUUGGUGCUCACUGGUCGCCAGCGUUCAAUCAGCCUGCCGCUACUUCAACGAUGCCUGCUUUAAGCAAGACUUGGAUCGCAACCAGCUACGUGUGUCUACCACCUGGCUAAGUGACAUCACGAGCCUGCACCCCGAACUCAAGAGCGUGGGCAACCCUGAUGCAGGCCAAGAAGUGAAUAUGCUGAGGUCUAGCGCUGACAAAUCCAUGGCGGACAUAUAUGGCGAAUUUCUCUUAAUCACGCUGUUCAUCGUUAGAACGCUGUACCGCAAGGCGGCCCACACAACAGGCAACAUCGGCAACGAGAGCAUAGUAUUGAGCGACGACUUCCCUCUGGACGACCAGUUCUCUGCAUCGCAAUACCUGUACCUGAUAUCCAGCCUCGCGAGCUUCGUCACGCACGAGUUUACCGAGACACAACAAGCCGCACUGGCUGCCGAGACAUGGGCCAUCAACCUAUUCCAGGAUGGAUACGCGACAACGCCAAGCUCUUGGAAGUGGCUUGUCAACGGUCGCGUGAACUCUUUGACAUUCGGCAUCGUGGAGGCUUUGCACCCGGCUAGGGUAGCGAAAUUGUUUGACGGUGACGUUGGCCAACAAAUGCUUGUUGCCAUCAUCUCGAGCACAGAGAGAGACAACAGCGCGACUGCAACUGCCGUGUCCAAGUCUAUCCUCAGCAUUCUCGCCAACAAGUACACACUGGAGACGGCCGAACCAGUCCUCGAUGCUAUCAACACACAACUGGCUAAUGCGCUGCUGAACUCCGAAGACUCAUCUAUAGACAAGGCCAUUCCUGUCCUCGCCAUCGCAGCUGGCCUGCUGCGUCGAUACAACGGAAAGCAGACACAUCGCUUAGUUGAGCUGAUCCGCGACAGCCCCAAGAACAGAAUCAUCGGUUAUGAUAUAGCUCGCCGGCUGGAGCUCAUUGCCGCUCCACAGAGAUUCCUCUCCAAGGAAGCAUAUGCGGUUGUAAAACCGCUUUGGAUGCAGAAGCUCUACAUGCAGAUGGCGCAGCCCAUGCUCGAGUGUGCUCUGUCUACAAACCAAUUUCUCUACGAUAACCUGGCCAAGACCAGCUUCGGACUCGGUGUGCUUAUGCUCGUGAAGCACAUGCCAUACUCUGUGUACGAAGAUGAUGUGGAAAAGCUUCUGCGCGUUGCCAUUUCGGUUGCCCAGACGGUCGGGCUCGGCACUGACACGCUGGCAUCUCUUGACGUGCUCAAGACGGCCCUGACAGAGGCACCUGAGAAGACGCAGGACCACAUUCGAAGCAUCAUUGGUAUCUGCACGAGCACUUUUGCUGUUGACGAGCAACCCAAGCCAAAGCCGGACUGGGUGCCCGAAGCCAUUGCCGCGCCAUCGCAGGAUCCGGAGACACUGGCUCGCUGUAGCAAGACUGGCCUCCAGAUCCUAGGUGGUCUUCCUCGGCUGGUCGAGUCUCGCCACCUUUUGGCCUACGUGCCUCAGGUGGAGAGGAACCUCGCCGCAGCCUGUGGUCACCGAGUCCGCGACGUGCGUGCGUCUGCUCGUGCGGCACGUGUUGCGUGGGCAGAAGUGAAAUAA